UCUUCUCUCUUGCUCUGCUCUGCUCUGAGACUGCAAGUCUGCAACUAGAUACUACUUCCUCUCCAACUCUGUUUCACUUUCUUCCCAAACCGUGGUCAAAAUCCUCUGUUUUAUUUGAUUUUUUUUUCCUUAUUCUGAGUGAUGGGUGUGAGCAGCCGGUGCUCCCAUACUUCCCACAUCACUGAGAUCAUCAUCACCAGCUUCUUCCGCCACAAGCCUUAGAUUCUUGCACGAAAACAGUGCCGUUUGAUUAGCCUAACCCAGAUGAGAAAAAACUGAUCGGGUCUUAGAAAAUAUUAUGGCGGGUGGAAGGGUCUAUAACAGUGCUAGUAGUGGUGGUUCCAGUUUGAGUGUUUUGUUUCAGAAUCAAAAGGCUUCUUGCGCUUCUGAGCCUCUUGAUUCUCUUUUCGUUUCUGGGUCUUCCCCUUCUUUCCUUGGUUCAAGAUCUAUGUUGAGCUUUGAAGGUGUUCGUGGAGGAAACGGAUCAAACAGGCCUUUUUUCCGCUCGUAUGAUCACGAAGACAAUGGAGACGAGGACUUGGAUGACUAUUUUCAACAACCUGAGAAGAAGAGACGGCUAACCGUCGACCAAGUCCAGUUUCUGGAGAAAAGUUUCGAGGUGGAUAACAAGCUUGAACCCGAAAGGAAAACCCAGCUCGCAAAGGACCUUAGCUUGCAGCCUCGUCAGGUUGCCAUUUGGUUUCAGAACCGCCGGGCUCGGUGGAAGACCAAACAGCUUGAGAAGGAUUACGAAGUUUUGCAAGCUAGCUAUGACAGCCUCAAGGCCGACUAUGACAACCUCCUCAAGGAGAGGAAUGAACUGAAAGCAGAGGUUGUUCUUCUCACGGACAAGCUGCUCGUCAGAGAGAAAGAGAGUGGAAGCUUUGAACCUUCUGAGACCAAGAAGUCAUCAUCAUCCCAGGAACAUCUGCAAAAUCCGGUUGCUGCUGAAUCGGUUUCUGAGGGUGAAGAAGUAUCCAAAGUGUCAACAGUAGGUUGCAAGCAUGAAGAGAUUAGUUCAGUGAAAAGUGAUAUAUUUGAUUCAGACAGCCCACAUUACACUGAUGGGGUUCAUUCUUCACUGCUAGACCCUGGCGAUUCUUCGCAUGUUUUUGAACCUGACCAGUCGGAUCUAUCUCAAGAUGAGGAGGAUAAUUUGAGCAAGAGCCUAUUGCCUCCAUACACCUUUCCAAAGCUGGAGGAUGUUGAUUACUCCGACCCGCCUGAAAAUUCGUGUCAUUUUGGAUUCCCUGUUGAAGAUCAUGCGUUUUGGUCCUGGUCUUACUGAGUUAUCGAUCUGUGGUAUAUAUAAAAAUAUAUCUAUCUAUCUAUCUAUAUAUAUAUGUUUCCUCUGUUUUGGUUUAGAGCAUGGUAAUGGAGGUAGAUGUUCAUGUAACUAUGUAAGCAAAGCAAUAAAUUCGAGCAUGGGGUGGUGGGUUUUGCCUCUUUUGUGA